AGACGAAGUUUUAUCUUUUUUUUUUUAGGUUGAGAAUGUGAGAAGAUGAGAAAAGACGAGAUAGAGAGAGAGAGAGAGAGAGAGAGAGAGAGAGAGAGAGUUUAUGUGAAGGAGGGGAUCUCAUGGUUCCCUUUCGCGAUUUGAAUUCUCUCUGCUUUCCUGUCUCUGUGUGCGUGUAGUCUGUGUAGCAGUGUGAGAGAGAUAGAGGAAGAGAGAGAGAGAUGGAUAGAGAAAGAAGAGAGAUCCGAUGAUUUUUAUGUUAAGAGGGGAUGAAUUUUCCAUGAAAGUGCGAAUUUGUCCAUUGGGAAGUAUUCACACCUGCCCAAGGUCCUACUACGAAGCCCACUUGUCGUGGGUUCGAAGGAGGUGAGACAGAGAGAGGAAGAGAGAUGAGAUAUAUACUGUUAUUGAUUAAAAAGAAGAAGAAGCUGACCCAGUUUGUGAUUUGUGUAUGAGAUGUCUCUAAAGCUCUUACUGGAAUUGAAGGAUUUUAACUACGGCUGGUGAUAGAGAAGCCUGAAUUUUGGUGGGUUUCUGAUUGCUGUGUGCCUUGUUCUCUAUUAGGUUUUUUGAGAAAUUCGUAGAAGUUGAAGCAGCAGAGAACCCAUCAUGAGAGCUGGUUUGAGUACAAUCCAGCAGACAUUAACCCCAGAGGCGGCGAGUGUUCUGAACCACUCAAUCGCCGAAGCAGCUCGUCGGAAUCACGGCCAAACCACACCACUCCAUGUCGCUGCAACACUUUUGGCCUCUCCAUCUGGGUACCUUCGACAAGCCUGCAUUCGAUCUCACCCAAACUCUUCUCACCCACUCCAAUGCAGAGCACUCGAACUUUGUUUCAGUGUCGCCCUCGAGCGUCUCCCUUCAGCCCAGAACCUCUCCCCUGGUAUUGACCCCCCAAUCUCUAAUGCUCUCAUGGCUGCUCUCAAGCGAGCUCAAGCCCAUCAACGCAGAGGCUGCCCAGAGCAGCAGCAACAACCCCUUUUAGCCGUAAAGGUGGAGCUUGAACAGCUCAUUGUUUCGAUCCUUGAUGACCCAAGUGUGAGCCGAGUCAUGAGAGAGGCUAGCUUUUCCAGCCCUGCUGUCAAAGCCACCAUAGAACAGUCUCUGAAUGCUUCAAGCUCCAUUAAUUCAUCUACAAUUGGCGGCGGAUUGGGGUUCCGCCCUGCACAAACGGCGAAUAGGAAUCUGUAUCUGAAUCCCAGGUUGCAGCAGCAGCAGCAGCAGGGGAGUUCACCUCAAUCUGGACUGCAGAGAAGCGAAGAGGUGAAGAAGGCUUUCGAUAUUCUAUUGAGAGCAAAGAAGAGGAACCCAAUUUUCGUAGGUGAAUCUGAGCUUGACUCUGUGGUGAGAGAGCUUUUGCAGAGGAUUGAGAGGAGAGAGGUAGGGGAUGGGCCUCUCAGAAAUGUUCAGGUGAUCUCUUUGGAUAAGGAUUUUUCUUUGGAUAGGACCCAGAUCCCUAUGAAGCUUAAAGAGUUGGAAGUUUUGGUGGAGACCAAAAUCAGUAACAGUAACAGCAGCGACGGAGGUGGUGUGAUUCUUGAUUUGGGUGACCUGAAAUGGCUUGUGGAACAACCGACUGGGCUUGGUGUUCCUGGUUCUACGCAGAUACAGCAGCAGAUUGUAUCGGAAACUGGGAGAGUUGCAGUUGCAGAGAUGGCUAAGCUAUUGGCUAGAUUCAAUGAGAGGUGUGGGGACCGGUUGUGGUUAAUCGGAACGGCGACUUGCGAGACCUACCUGAGGUGCCAGGUUUAUCAUCCUUCAAUGGAGAAUGAUUGGGAUCUGCAGGCUGUUCCAAUUACGGCGAGAAAUCCGCAUCCGGGCUUGUUUCCAAGGCUUGGAGGCAAUGGGAUUUUGAGCAGCUCAGUUGAGUCUCUCUCCCCACUGAAGAGCUUCCCUCCUGCACCACUUGCUCUUGCAAGACGCUCAUCUGAGAAUGUCGAUCCGGCCAGACGGAUGAGCUGUUGUCCACAAUGUAUGGAGAAUUAUGAGCAAGAGCUAGCUAAACUUGUAGCAAAGCAGUUUGAGAAAUCUUCCUCUGAAGCAAAACCGGAAGCAACCCGGUCGUCAUUACCACCAUGGUUGCAGAUGGCGAAACCGGACAUUGUCAAGGAUCAGAUGCAGGCCAAGGAUCAAGAACUGAUGUGGAAGCAGAAAACUCAAGAAUUGCAGAAGAAAUGGACUGAUACUUGCUUGCAUCUUCAUCCCAGUUUUCAUCAAAGUAUCAGCUCUGAUAGAAUUGCUCCAUCUGCUCUCUCAAUGACAUCCUUGUACAAUCCUAACCUGCUCCAACGUCAACCUUUCCAAUCCAAGUUAUCACUGACCAGAAGUCUGGGAGGAACACUGCUAAUGAACCAAAGUCAACCGCCAAACCAACAUUCAGAACGGGUGGUGACUCCACCUGAAAGUCCUGUAAGGACAGACCUUGCACUUGGGCGGCCAAAGAUUUCUGAGAAUUCACCAGAGAAAAACCACAAUGAGCGCAUCAAGGACUUCGCUGGCUGCAUCUCUUCACAACAGCAAGACAAUUUCUCAGAUUGGCAGAAGGACAAAGCAAUUAGCCCAUUGGAUGCCGAUUCAUUCAAGAGGCUUUUUAAGGGGUUAACAGAGAAGGUAGGGUGGCAACCGGAGGCAGCAUCUGCAGUGGCUACAACUGUUACCCAGUGCAAAUCAGGCAACAAUAAACGGCGUGGUGGUGGGGCAAGGGGUGAAACAUGGUUAUUGUUUGUGGGUCCAGAUAGGGUUGGCAAGAAGAAGAUGGCUUCAGCCCUUUCGGAGCUGGUAUGGGGUUCCAAUCCAGUCACUAUCCAUAUCGGUUCAAAGUCUAGUGAUGAAGAGGAAUUGGAUAAGAAUUUCCGUGGGAAGACUGUAUUGGAUCGAAUAGCAGAAACUGUUCGGAGGAACCCCUUCUCUCUAAUUUUGCUUGAGGACAUCGAUCAAGCAGAUAUGCUUGUCCAUGGGGGAGUUAAACGGGCAAUGGAACGAGGUCGGCUUGCAGAUUCUCAUGGCCGUGAGGUCAGCCUUGGGAACACAAUCUUCAUCUUAACAGCCAGUUGGUUGCCGGAAAAUCUGAAGAACUUGUCAAAUUGUAUACCAGUUGAUGAAGAGAAGCUUGCAUCUGUGGCUGGUGGUGAUUGGCAGUUAAAAUUAUCAGUCUCUAAAAAAACUAGCAAGCGCCAGGCUGAUUGGCUGCGUAAUGAUGACCGACUUACGAAGUCUAGGAAAGAAUCAGGUCCAGGUCUAUCAUUUGAUCUGAAUGAAGCAGCUAAUGCUGAAGAUGACGGAAGAGAAGGGUCACGCAAUUCAAGCGACCUUACUGUGGAGCAUGAAAAUGGAAGAAGCCUUGUGAAUGUGCAGUCUUCCACAACAACAGCUUCACUUCAGCUGCGGUCUUCCAUAACACCAUUGUCUUAUGAGCUACUCAAUUUUGUUGAUGAAGCCAUUGCUUUCAAACCCGUCGACUUUGGUCCACUUCGGAGCAAGAUUGCCAGCAUCAUAGCCUCACAAUUUGCAGCCAUUGUCGGGGAUAGCUGGUCAAUUGAAGUAGAUACUGAGACACUGGAGAAGAUUGUGAGUGGUGUUUGGUUCAGCCAGACUCAAGUGAUGGACUGGGCAGAUAAGGUUUUGGUACCAAGCUUUCACCAGAUGAAAACUAGCCUAUCCUCAGCUGCAAUUUCUGAUGACAAUGCCAUUAUUCGGCUUGUCUCAGUUAGGGACUCAGAGAGACAUUGUAGUGAGGAAUGUCUGCCCGAUAAGAUCACAGUGGUCGUCGACAACGGGCUGUGAAGAUCAGAGGGAAUUACGAUGACUGCGAAUUCCCAUUUCUGGCUGGUGGGUAGAGAUGUAAAUAUGGUCAACCGGUAUAGAGGAAAAUUGCUACAAUGGAAGAGGGGGUUAAAGAAACGGUUAGAACAGAAGAGCUUGGGAGUUGAGACAGUAAUAGAAUCUCAAUUUUUAUAAUUUUACCUUCUUUAAUUUGCUUCUGCCAUUUAUAAUUAUUCAUAUUAAUUACCUGGAGAAUGAGAUCAAUAAGAUGAGGCACCUCACCUCUCCACUUUGCUCA